GAAAGUCAAGUCAUGAGCUACAAAAUUGGUGAGGAAAAACUUAGAGAAUACUACCAGAUAUCCGUUGAUCUGGUAAGAAAGUGCGGGCCCCUCUUCCUGGCAGGUUUCCAGAAGCCAAAAACUGAUUAUGAAAUCAAGUCGGCUUUCUAUGAUUUGGUCACUGUGUACGAUCGACAAAUAGAAGCUACACUUUCAGAAGGUUUGCUCAAGGCCUUUCCAGAAUCAAAAAUUAUUGCGGAAGAAGCUUUGGCAGAAGCCAAAAACUAUCCAGAAUUAACAGAUGAUCCUACUUGGAUCAUAGAUCCCAUCGACGGCACUAACAAUUAUGUGCGAAAGAUUCCCCACUGCUGUAUCUCCGUGGGGUUGGCCAUUAACAAAGAGCUAGUGCUAGGAAUUGUCUAUAAUCCACCGGCAAACGAAUUGUAUUCUGCUUGGCAAGGUCACGGAGCUUUUUUAAAUGGCCAACCCAUUGAGGCUUCUAACGUAAAAGAGAUAAACCAAGCUGUUGUAGGCUAUGAGAUCUCCCUGAUCGUGGUGUCCAAGGGGCGGGACAAAAAUGUGAAGCGUCUCUACAAACUGGCCUCGAGUGCCACUGGCACUCGCAGCUUCGGAUGCGCCGCUCUCACGCUUUGCUACAUAGCUGCCGGCAGAUGUGACGCCUAUCAUGUUGAGAAUCUUAAGCCCUGGGAUUUGGCAGGCGGCACCGUAAUCCUCAGGGAAGCUGGUGGCAGUGUUUAUCAUACCAGCGGAUCAAGAUUUGAUGUGAUGAAGCCUGAUUGUGUGUGCACUAGCACUGAAGAAUUGGCCAAGAAUGUAAUACAAUUAAUAAAGGACGCUGACCAGAUCACAGGUUAUACUUUUGAAUAAAAGAGAUCCC